UUAAACAAAAUAAGACCAUUCGCUGGGCGAAGCAAGCGAGUCGGUCAUCAGUGUGGAAACGAACUGUCAAGUGCUUGUUUAUCUGGAGCUACCGAGAACAGUCUUGAUUUGUCGUCAGCAGGAGCAGCAGCAAUUUCAUCGAUUUUUACCACACUUCGCAUCUUCGCAAUUUGUGUGGCACGCAAAUCUAGCUGUAGCAGUUGAAAAAGGUCCCAGUGUGUAAUAAUUGUUGGUGUAUUGUUUCGAUGUGGCUACCUCUCCAUGUGUAAUGAUUUCAUUCGAAUUGGGAUGUCCAAACAAACAGAAUUGUUGCAGUUUGGGCACUUUCGCGUAAAAGUAGACCACACAAAGAAAAAGUAGAUCAAGUGCGAAAACUUAGGUCGAACAAAAGUGACGUGAAACGCAGUGUUUUGCAAACACGUCAAAGGGAACGACGGCGUAACGCAUGAGAGCGGCUGUGGUUUAUCCAGUGUGUAGCGACACUGAUAUUCAACGGAACUCGGAACGACAUCAUGGAUACGACAACAGGGUCGGGUUUGAUGGAGGAGUACGACUUGAUGAAGCAGCCCAAGUAUCGGGUGUACAUUUCCAACAUCGAUAAGGCACUGAAAAAUUUUGAAUACUCUAGCGAAUGGGCAGACCUCAUCUCUGCACUUGGCAAAUUGAACAAAGUGAUAUCUUCGAACGCACAGUAUCAGAUCAUACCGCGUCGGAUAAAGAUUUCGAAGCGUUUGGCACAAUGCAUGCACCCAGCCCUCCCAUCGGGUGUGCAUCUGAAAGCGCUAGAGUCGUAUGAUGUGAUUUUCAGUAACAUUGGCGUUGAGCGACUCGCGUCAGAACUGUUCAUCUACAGCGCUGGUCUCUUUCCUUUGCUAGGCUACUCGGCAAUGAACGUGCGACCUGCCCUACUGUCCAUCUAUGAGAAAUACUUUGUACCGUUAGGCGAAAAGCUACGGCCGGCACUGAGCGGGUUCCUGAGCGGUGUUUUUCCGGGCUUGGAAGCCGGCCAGGAUCAUUUCGAGCGUACAAAUCAGUUGCUCGACAAAGUGUGCAUCGCGGUUCAGCUUGAAUGUUUCUAUACCUGCCUAUGGGAGUGCAUAGUGACGAAUGCAUCUGUGCGGCUGCCCGCAAUCACGUACGUUCUCGAACGGUACGAUAAGAAGCUUCCCUGUGCGGUACAGCGAGAGCUGACCGGAAACAGUGAGGAACUGAUGGUAAACGGUCUAUGUAGCUGCCUCAGUGAUGCUAUCAUUCUCGUGCAGAGAAACACCCUCGAGUUUCUUCUACUGGCAUUUCCGAUGCACGAUUCACUGCUGUCGGAGAGAUAUACGACGAAACUGGUCAAAAUGGCUCUCAACACGAUCCUGCGCCGGGAUAUGUCGCUUAAUCGACGAUUGUACUCUUGGCUUCUUGGUUCCGACACAAGCAUGGGCAAGCAUCUGCACCGGGGCGGAAACUCGAAGGAUACAGAGCUGUACGAUCCUAAUACAUAUUUUGAGCGACACGCAAAGCGCCGUCUAAUUGCUGCCUUCAAGAUGGUGCUGAAAGAAAGCAUAACCCAACAACCGUUCGACCUCAGUCCGUAUCGGAUACUGAUUUCACUACUCGACAAGGCCGAAAUUGGGCUGCGCAUUCUGGACGAUGUGCUCUGCGACAUCAUUCGUGCAAUUUCGUUGUGCAAUGGCAACCUGGAGGUGCAAAAGUCAGCCAAUUUGCUGUUUUCUACAUUCGACCCGUCCUAUAUAUGGAAUUAUAUGUCUCGCCUGUACCGGGAGGCGGCUACUCGCACCGAACGUCAACACUCCACAGAUGCUGACCUUAUACAGAUCGAUUCAGGUCCGCCCGGCACCGUAGAAGUAUGCCAUCUUACAGAGUUCCUGCUGGAAACCCUCUCACUAGAGAUGUAUAACGAGACGACACGCGUACAUUUGCCAAAAUUUUUGCUGUCUCUUAUAUCAAUGCUCACGAUAUACGACAGUAACAUGUACUCAGUUGAGGUGGCUUCGUCGCUGCGCCUGUGCGUGAAGAUCGUCUCGAAAAUCCAACCGAUGAUUAUGUCGGAAAAAGUGUUUGACCUUUCAAUGUGUAGUAGAAGCGUGAGUGAGUCCACGCGCAAGGGAGAAGAACAGCAGGUGGCUGCGGCGAAGGAGGCCGCUGCUAGUCUCGAGAAGAGCAGCAGUGAUUCAAAGAUACACGAAAGCUCGCUGCAGGUGACGGUGCCCAAUGGUUCAUUUCAGCGAUCAAGUUCAAGCCAAGGGCUCCAUAAGAAGGGAAGUGGCGGUAGCGGAAGUAGUGGGAAGUAUAGUAAAAAGAACAAAAAAUCGAAAUCCUACAGUAAGCUUAGUGAGCUAAGCACUAGUCGUGAGGGAUCGCUAAAGUCAAGCAAAGCGAAGAUCAACCGGUCGGAGCAGAAAAUUUGCGGGGCAAGCUCGACCCCCGACCUAAAACAUGAACCAGAAGCAGUAGACUUCAGUGAACUUACCGAAAAGGACGGUGAAGCGGCCAACGAUCGCAAGCGUUUCAGUUGUAGUAGCAACAGUAGCGCCAGCAGCACCACUAGCUGCAGUAACAGUAGCAGUUACAACAGUAGCGUCAACAGUAGCCGCAGUGGAAGCAGCAAUAGCAAUGCUAUGGAAGGGACAGGAGUUGCUAGUGCUGGAGGCAUUGUAAUCCAGGUGCAUUCAUCCGAGGAGUGUGCUUCGGUCAAAAGCGGUGGAGUUGCUAUCGCCCAGCUACCCGACUGCCCCAUACUGGAUCGAUGUAUUAGACAGUAUGUGGCGUUCUUUGAGUUGUAUGUGUGUCGAAAACUGCUGGUUCAGCCAGAACACUUGUCUUCGGAGCAAGUAAGCCUACAGGAGAACCUCUUUAUCGACAACUCCGAUCACUCGACAAAUGGCGGUCCAUCGUACGAUCAGGAUUUGGUGGUAAUAAAUGCUCUGGCACCGGAGCUGGAGGAAAUUUUCGGAAUACUAUCGUUAAAUCAUCAAUCUUCCCGCGCCAAACUGACUGCUAUGUUGAUACAAUCGGUCGAUGGACGAUCCUCAGUACCGCCAUCGAUGGAAGAACGGAGUCGAGACGUUCUUGCAGGAGGAAGGCAACAGUUUGAGAUAACGCAACUGGUACGUGGGAAUGAAAUGUUAGCCAGAGUUGCCCGCGCCCCCAUUGGAGAAUCGCUAAGGAACGCACUGAAGCUUGCCUGUAAUGUUCUCACGGAAAUGUCCUCUUUCCCGAGCUAUCGCAACGAAACUGGAGUCACGGAGCGAAUUGAUGAUGUUCCUGGAUGGUUGAAAGCACUUUCUCUUUUGGCGAUUUUUGUCAGCGACCUCGACACGCAACUUUCUGCCGCCCAGACACUGAUCGACAUGAUAGGCUUAUUGCGGACAAAUGGGAAAAAAUCAUCCAAAGAAACGUGCAGUGGAAAAACGAUUGUUUUAAUGAUGCCUCUACUAAAGCUGUCUCACGUGAACUAUCUUGAACGACGGACUAAGGUGUUUCAGGUACUAACUACAAUGUUGUGGGACUAUCUGGACGCUUCGCGCGUAGAGGCACGAAACAUUACCCUGCUCCUGUAUCGUAUACACAACUGCCUUGACAGCCGCUUCACAGAGAACGUUAUUAUCGAUCGAAUACUCGUUCCACAGACAGAUGGUGAAUGUGCAGAAGGAUAUUACCGCGGCUUGGUUGAACGCACCGUUCGGCGAAAGGAUUCGUCAGCACUUCACGCUUUGUGGCAGAUACCCGUGCUGGCAAAGUCUGAGCUAAAGAUCGAUUCGGAUGGGUUUCGCAAAUUUCAACUCCUAUGGAAGCUCGGCCGUGAUACAUACCAUGGGAAUGAGUUUGAGAAGCUGCUAUUUCUGGUGCUCGAUUCGUUAACCCUGCCCCGAAAUGUAUCAAUCCAAGUGAAAACAGCCAAUUGGCUGCGAGAAGCUCUGGUGCGUGGCGAUAUAGGUCGUAUUUUAAAGUUGUUGUUGAAAACACUACUUAAUGAAAGCACCAAACGAAUGAGUAUUUUUUGUCCCAAACGUCUUCGAGGCUUAGGAGCAGGUACAUUGGAUGGAGGACAAGAGGAUGGAUCGGUUAGCGGAGAAUGGGAAAGGGAACUGCUUGUGGAUGCUGAUGCACAAUUGAAUCAAGCCUGUUUCGCCGUCAGCUCCGAGGAUGGUCAAAUACGAUAUCAUAUGGAUCCGGCUGCUGGUCUGACUAAAAAGCGAAGUCCCAUUCGAUCGAUUCAAAAAAAGAUUUUUGGUGUCUCAAUUGGUGGUGGUGGAAGUGGUGGUAGCAGCUCGAAGGGUGGUGAUAUUGGACGCGCCGGCACGCCUGGCAAUGGUGGCCAGCUGAUCGUAUCAAAUUAUGUCACGAACGAGUCCGUCGUGAAGAAAGUGCAUUCAACUUGUUUGACAUCCGGAACUGGUGACGAUGCAGGCCAGUAUGGGAAAAUUUCCGUUAUCAUCAAUCCUCUCGAAUCAGAGCAGCUAGCGACCGCUAAAGGGAUGCGUAACCGUUCGAACUCAAUGGGACUGCUUGCCGGGACCGUAAUUGAUGCCGACAGUGGCAUUUCAGAGCCCAGUUCAUUAGCUGCUACUUGCAGUAGUGGCGGCUACCACUUCAAAAAGGAAUUCCAUCGAUCCACUUCCGAUCUGGACGAUACGAACGACAGUGAAACUGAUCCACGCAAUGGACUUCUUGGGCGCGGAAAACAAAGGAUCAGUCGUGUGCUGCGCGGAUCGGAAGGUUAUACCGACAGUGAACAGAUCAAACGAUUCGUGGAAGAGGGACCGAUAGUAGAUUUUAUCAGCAAGUCCAGCGAUCGAUUCCGAAAUCGCAAAACAUAUCUUAUUUCAUCGGGCAACAUUUCGGGCUCGGGAGUCGGUGACGAUUCGCUGCUGUCGGGUUCUUCGUACACGUUAACCAAUGGACCAUCCCUGAACGGAACAUUAACGUCUGAUGAGAUAACGAACGAAGAUGGUAGUAUCACAAUGACAACUACUACUAUGAACACGGCUGCGGAGGAACGUAAAACGUCCGUCGGAGAUGAUCAUGGCGAGGAAGACAAACCGGUCCCGAAAGUCACAUUCACGCGCAUCAACAGCUGGCGCAAUGGUAGCAAAUUGUAUCCAUUUCAUACGCACUUUCUCGUAUACGAGUCAGUGUUUAACACAAAGCAGAUCCUAUACACCAUCGAAACACUGCGGAACAUUCUCACGAAUGAUGCUCGGUUUUUCCUGUGCUUGUCGGUAACGACUUCUGUUUCUAGUGGUCAAAUAAAGUCACUUCUGUUACGACACCGACGUAAUAUCUUCGGCAAAGGUUUCACGGAGGCACGGGACGAUUCCGAGCAUCAUAAUUUGUACAGAGGAAGUAUGUAUCUGGAAGUGAUCCUCACUGUGCUUUUAUACUAUACGCGAAGCUAUCAGACGGAUCAAGGUAAGGAUAGCAAAGGACGCCAGCCUUCACGGGACGAUUUCAACACAAACGCGAAGAUUCAGCUGGAAUGCAUCGAGCUUAUGACUACUCUUUUCGGUGAACUACUUGCGGUGGUGAAAGACGUUGGAAAGAACCUUGCGAACUACGUGGCGGAUCUCAUGGAAAAAUGCAAGGUGCAGAAAAUUGUACUCUACUGUUUGGCUUCGUCGGUGAACUAUUUUACUAGCCCAGGCGGUUACACGUGUCCAGCGGACGAGGUUCUGCGAUACAGUGAUCCAGAAAGCACUCGUCAAAAUGCUGAGGCGUAUCAGAUAGAACUGUUGCGGUUGCUGCUGGCUGUGUUGAAGUUGGAGCACGAAAUUACGCUUCAGCGCUCAGAAGGUGGGAGUGAAGGGAAUGGGAAAAGUGGUGGACUGGCAGCGACCUCCGCGUCUUCGAACAGUUCUCCCACAAGGGUUGCGCCUGAAACAAAGCGAACGUACCGAUACAUUCCUAACCAGCUCCUAGCACAGCAACCGAUGUUUCUAUCGACGAUCCUAGCAGCAUUGGAGUGCGAUCGUUUGCAGCAUGUACAUAAAAAUUGGACGGACAUGAUGACCGCGUGCCUUACUUGUUUGCCCCCGGCCAAUUUGACGAAAAUAGUCAUCAGUGUCAUCCAUCAACUGUGCAGUAACUUGGAUCGUGUGACGAAAAGGGAGCGAAUCCUUGUCCAAUCGGUUGAUUACAUAGUCUCCCAGCUCGAAGCGACGACGGUGCUGGCACACUACUGUCUUCUCGAUAGUUCGCAGCAAAUUUCUCUUGCGAGCAUCUUCAAUCCAUCCGCAGCAAGUAAUGGGUCGUUGCUUUCUUCAACGGCGAACCAAUCUGGCCAGAUCAUCAACAACAUAGUGAACGUGUUCCUAUCGUACUCCUCGUCGCUCCUUAGUGGGGGCAUUAAUCAGCAGGUGAAAAAAAAUCACCAGGAGGUGGCUAAGACGGCGAUACUAAGUCACCUGCCGAGAAUCAUCAUAACGAUAGCUACCCUCUGGGAGACAAGCAUAAGCGAUUUUCGCCGCGUGAAGCAUCAGUUGUUGGAAUUUUUAAGCCCAAUUUCGAUGCACUAUGGAACAAACUUUCUGACUGCGAUAUCGGUCGCUUGGCAUGAGCGUAGCAACAGCGUUGCGGUGGGAGGAGGUUCCGAAUCCGUGGCGAAUGGUGGCAGUAUAGGAAGCGAAACGUCGGACGUCGAUUUCUUUGACAUAAUGGUGAAAGCAUUGCCACAGGCGGGAGAAAAUCAGCUGUUGCUAGUUAAGCUAAUUACCGGAAUACGCAUCAUGUCGGUCGAUUCAUUCAUUCAAACAAUGCACCAAGUAAUCAAGAAUCCGCCCCCGAUCUAUCAACCGCCAGUCGGAUUGAACCUGGAGGUGAGCGCUCUAGAGCUGCUGUACUUCUUCCUGAUAUCGGGUGUUUCGCCCGCGCAAUACACAGACUGCUGGAGCUCACUGUACGCCUUAUUGAAGGAUUGUUUGACACUGCAAAUAACGGCUCAAUUUGUGGCGCUUUCUAUCUUGAAUGAAUUCGUCCAGCGAUGUCCUAGCAUGCCGUUCUCGGAUAAGAAAGAUCUUCGUGAUUUGCAUGAUGUCACUUCGCGACUAGUAGAAGCAGUCUCGAAUGUUGCCGGAUCUUGCCUGGAGCAGACAACAUGGCUGAGGCGCAAUCUCUCGGUAAAGGAAGAGUUUGGUUCGCUGGAAAGUACCGGAAAGGAUGGGUUGCUGCUACCUUCCAACCAACACUACUCUAUACAAGCGCAAUCGAUCCUCGCGGCAAUUCUCGCGUCACUGCUCGAUGUAGCAUUUAGCUCACAGGAGAAAGACAAAGUGACGACGAUCGUCACGGGCGUUAUGUACAACAUUGUGCCUUACCUCAAGACACACACUGUUAAAAAUAUUCCGACCUUCCAUGCUUGCUCGAAUUUGCUUGCCAGCCUGAGCACAUACCAGUACAUGCGAAAAGCAUGGCGGAAGGAUGCUCUCGACCUUUUGCUAGAUUCGUCGUUCUUCCAGAUGGACAGCCGCUGCUUGCCGUACUGGAAAACUAUCCUCGAUAGUUUGAUGACCUGUGAUAAUACUACCUUUAGAGAUCUUAUGAACCGAUUACCAUUAGCCCAGACUGGCACGUUGAAUAUAUUUACGUCCAAAGAACAAGAGUACGAACAGCGAGCGUUGUUGUUAAAGCGUCUUGCGUUUGUUAUAUUCUGUAGUGAAGUUGAUCAGUAUCAUAAAUACAUGCCCGAGAUUCAAGAACAACUAGCAAACAGUUUGCGAUUGCCACAAGUGGUUCCAUUGAUUCAAUCAGCUGUCUUUCUCUGCUUCCGUGUGUUGCUGCUGCGUAUGUCAGCUGAUCAUGUUACUAGCUUAUGGCCAAUCAUUAUCGCCGAGAUGGUGCAAGUGUUCCUAUCUAUUGAACAGGAGCUAAUGACUGACACAGAGGAAUUCAGAUCUCAAUCAAGUCAACAUAUCCGCAUGCUGUCUGGCCUUGAUACUGCUUGGGUAACGAAUACGAGCAAUGGAUUGUACUCCUAUGGACACCCUCACUGGCGCAUGGUGCAAUUGGAGACUGCCAAACUACUGGAGCUAGGUUGUGUUUUGCCUGCCACAAUCUUGCCUCACUUUCAAAUGUAUCGUUGGGCAUUCGUUAGCAGUCAAAAUGAAAAUUUCCAUAAAGCCGGAGGGUAUGAUGAAAAAAAGGUGUCGUUUGUUCCUCACGUUUCAAGAAUAUCUCACCUGAUGGAUCUACGAUACACAUCGCAUUCACCGAAAACGCAAACAACGAAAGGGAAUCACAUAAUGCUGACCUGCCAGUCGAUAAAUACGCUGCAAGACCUGUACGGUUUCUUCUCAACACUUUCAAUGCGUUGGCCAUCGCAUAUUUCGUACAGCGACACUGAGAAGGACACCAAGCAAUGCCUGGAAGAGGUUGAAUAUGUCCUGGCGCUCGAUUUCUUGGAGAAAAUUCCUUCCCCGAAAUGAAGAGAUACAAGUAUCGUAUCUGUAUUUACCAAGUUACCGGAUAAAUAGUUGUAACCAACGGAAGGCGCACAGCACGAAUCAUAUUUACGCCCAUUAAUACUACGGCUAACAUCUAGUGAUUUUAUUCAGUAUUUCCAUUACAGACCGAUGUCGGUGUAGUUUGUGAAUGUUUGUUUCGUGCUUUGUUAUUCGUUUCGUUAAAGUAACAAACAUUUGAAUAGUCAAUUCCGUUCUCUGCAUCCGCAUCCUGGUGCCAGGCCUGUCACCAAUGUGUCGCUGGGUGACCGAAAGCAGAUCGAUUUGUCGUUUAUGUAAGUUAAGUUUUAUUUUUUUUCUAACGACCGAGUCCAGUUAAUUCAAAAUCGACGAUCAGAUCGCCAGCGUGCGUAUAUCAAUAUGUCUUGUGUAAUUAUGUGAUUUAUGAAUAGUAAGACCGUAUUAUAU